AUGGUUAUGGCACCGACUGCGUGUGUCCCUGCUGAAGUAUGCAUGACAAAAUUCUGUCAUGAAAAAGAUGACUAUAAUGCCCCCGCGCAUUAUGGUCCCAUCGUCAGUCAUGGAGGAGACGAUCUGUCGCAAUCCAGGUUGGCUGCCAAGGACCUCGUCCACGAUGUCCUCCGUCGACGGGCCGGCGAGGUGAACGUCGACCACUGCGGUCCCGGUGAGGAGGAUGCUUUCUACGUCGCCGACAUGGGCGAGGUGUACCGUCAGCACCUCCGCUGGAAGAUGAACCUCAGCCGCGUCCGACCUUUUUAUGCCGUCAAAUGUAACCCCGACCCUGAAGUCCUCCGCCUCAUGGCCCAGCUCGGCAACGGCUUCGACUGCGCCUCCAAGGCCGAGAUCGACCUGGCCCUCGAGACCGGCAUCGACCCCAGUCGCAUCAUCUACGCCCAGCCCUGCAAGACCAAGUCCUACCUGCGCCACGCCGCCAAUGUCGGCGUCAAGCAGAUGACCUUUGACAACGCCGACGAGCUGUACAAGAUCAAGGCCUGCUUCCCCGACGCCGAGCUGUACCUGCGCAUCCUCACGGAUGACUCCACCAGCCUGUGCCGGCUGAGCAUGAAAUUCGGCGCCUCCAUGGACAUGGCCCGCCCCCUGCUCGAGCGGGCCCGCGAGCUCGACCUCAAGGUCGUGGGCGUCAGCUUCCACGUUGGGUCCGGCGCCGAGGACGCCGGGGCCUUCCUCAAGGCCGUCCAGGACGCCCGUCUGGUCUUCGACCAGGCCGCCGAGAUCGGCCACGAGCUGCACACCCUCGACGUCGGCGGCGGGUUCAUGCAUGACAGCUUCGAGCGCUUCGCCACCGUCCUCGGCGAAGCCCUUGACAUGUACUUCCCGCCGCAUGUCCGCAUCAUCGCCGAGCCCGGACGCUACUACGUCGCCAACGCGUUCACGCUGGCCGCCAACGUGAUCGCCCGCCGCGAUGUGCGCGACCCGGACGACCCGGCCAACGACGCCUACAUGCUCUACCUCAACGACGGCGUCUACGGCAACUUCUCCAACAUCAUCUUCGACCACCAGCACCCGGUGGCCCAGAUUUUGACCUGCGCCGGCGAUCCCCAAGCCGCGGCCCCCACUGCCACCCCGUCCGACGACGGCGUCGCCUACUCCAUCUGGGGCCCCACCUGCGACGGCAUCGACGUUAUCGACCAGCGCAUCUCGCUGCCGGGUCUCCUGGACGUCGGCGACUGGCUGUACUUUGAGGAGAUGGGCGCCUACACCAAGUGCAGCGCCACGCGCUUCAACGGCUUCUCCGACAACCACGAGGUGAUUUACAUCUCGAGCGAGCCGGGCGCGUCUGCCCUUUUGGAGUAUUAA